CGGACCCGUGGAGAUAUAAAGUGGAGCACACUCUAACUUUUUUGUUAUAGUAAAUUGAACCUUGAAAGGUGUUCUUACCAGACUAGAGAAAACGGUCCACUUGAGAUAGCAAAAGUGGGGCGCGGUGUCUCACUCGCACAUGUUGCCAAUGUUAAAUACCAUUGUGAUAGUGUUUAUAUCAAUUGCGGGCAUUUUUCUCUGUCACUCUAAUUACGGUUUAGUGAGAGUAAAAGAGAAAGAUCCCCGCAAUUUGCGAAUUUCGGUUUUCGCGGUAGGCCCCCAGGGGCCAUAAUACUAGCACAGCAAAAAGACAGUAAGAUUCGCACGAAUGAGAAAAGAUCUUGGCCAAACUAUAUAUUCCACGUUAUCCUAAUAUCCCAGAUACAUAUAACUCAUGGUCACCCUAAUUAGAAAGAGAUGCAACGGCCCACCUUGACUUCUCAUGUAGACACACUUUUUGGCCAAUGUACCCUAUCUGGAUAAUCUUAUAAGUCCGUGUGCGGACCACCUUCAAACUACCUUCCACGCAUCGAAUAAUCCUCGGACCGGACCAAGGUUACGAUCCGGUAUGCCCGUCUGUUAAAGCAAAGCAAGCUUCUCUAGAGCAACAAAUUAUUUUAGAGUAAAACGUUGCUAAAGCAAAUCGAAUACGAUUAUCAGGACGUUUGGAGAGACCAUCAUUCGUAGAAGCCUUAAGGUGUAUUGUAUCUGUGGUAGGUAGCGUAAGCGCAGCGCAACGUCAAAUCAUCUGUCAUGAGUGUCAUGUCGUAUCAUUGUGGGCUGAAUGUUAUGUUAUCUUUUAGUUUUUAUAUUUGAGGAAUAUAUCCUUUGGCCGUAAAUACAGUUAUUUUUGGAUUACAUAGUGAGUUAAUAAUUAGGCCACCAUGUCGCUGGAGGCGGUGCGGGUGAAGGAGGAGUCCGAUAUGAUCGCAGACGAAGUUAUCAUCAAGGAAGAGGAAUUAGAACCAGAUUGUUUGGAAGUCCCAUAUGUAGCAAUUGAAGCAGCUAUUGUGGAUGUAGAAUUUGCACCGCCAGUGAAGGAGGACCUGCACAGCAUUGGCUUGAGUGAGCCAGCUGUGUACAUGGACGGUGUAAAGGAAGAACAUGAGCUUAUCAUUCCGGAUGACCUGAAUCCAGAGUGUGGGAAUACCAUGUCCUUGUUGCAAGCAGACACCAUCAGUCAGUAUGCUGAUGUGAAGGACGAGCUCAUACUGGAGCCGGAGUGUAUUCAGCGCCCUAACACAGGCGUAUAUAGGGAGAUAUGUAAACCCGUCCUGACUGACUGCUGGGUACGGAUAGAACGUUGCGAGGCCGCAGAAAAAGCGGCAGAGAAACAAUUGGCAGAGUUAGAUGUCAAGGAAAAUAGAAUGCACACACUCAGAGACGACGAAACCUUUUUAUGCCCAAAGUGUAAACAUAAAGAACAAUUCGAGUUCUGCGACAUAUGUGUUACGAACAUGCGAGCUCUUGAUCAGUUAAGAAACUUACGCGUAAAACGCCGAAAAAUACAAUUUGUUUGCGAACUAUGUAGCGAAAAAUUCCAACAAGUCAACCAUUUAUAUCAGCAUAAACUUGUUAUUCAUGGAUAUUAUAAUAAUCUUCGGAUGAAAAAUCCAAGAGAGUCCUACAGCGCAUACUUGUCUCGUUUAUAUUCGGUCAAGACCAUUUGUAGAAGCACCUCCAACUUGCUUCACAGUACCAACGUCAAUACGGUUUCAGAAAAAUUGAUGCCGAUCGAAUAUAAUGAGAAAGAUGCCAGAGAAUUAAUCACUAUUAAAAUUGGUAAAGACGUAGUUCAAUCUGUUAUAGUAAACCCAGAAAAUAUGUUACCUAAAUCAGACAACGAACGUAAGAAAAAACCUUAUAACUGCAAAGUGUGUAAAAAACCGGCCUCGAAGGAAAAAUUCUGUGAUGAAUGUGCGAAAGAGAGGGUAUUAAGUAAUAUGGAUGUGAAACAGGUUAGAGUAGAAAAUACGUACAAUAGGACGUUAUUAAGGAUCGAGCGAACACCACAUUUGCGCAAAGAGAAAAAUCAAACGACCCUUGCAAGACAAAGGCUUAGAAAAACAAAAACGCGCGAAUGUUACGUUCGGCUCGAGCGCUGCGAGGCCGCCGAGAGAGCCUUACUCAAUAAUGACGCCAUACAAUCUGAAAUUGUUGGGCCCAAAUGUAAUCUGACAUCUGGCAGGAGUGAAGAACACCGCUGCAAUAUAUGUAAAACGAAGACGCCAGUAGGUGUACAUGUCACAUUCUGUGAAGCAUGUGAAAAGGAACUGGCAGAAAAUGCAUUAGUUGAUUUAAUUUUAUAAGUACAAAAAGUAGUGUUGUUAGUAUUAUUAAGAAAGAGUGUAGCCAUUAUAGGUCAAUCAAAUUAGAUCCAAAAGUAGCGUUAUAUAUGUAUUUGUCUGGAAGAGAUCGCUUUUUAGCGAUACGACCGCCUGUUGUUUAUUUCUUCUUAAUGUGUUGUAUCAUUUGUAUUGUUUCUGUAUUGAGGUGUGAAAUAAAGAGUAUUUUUAUUGUA